GGGGGUCAUUCAAGUGUUCCGCCAUCAACGUGCUGCACUUGCCAUCUGUAUGCUUCAUUUGCUACUGUUUCAAAGCCAUUACAACAAUGAGUGCGCUUCAAAAGAUAGCGGAGAUCGAAGCAGAGAUGGCCCGAACCCAAAGAAAUAAAGCAACUAUGGGGCAUCUUGGCUUACUUAAAGCUAGAUUAGCAAAGUUGAGGAGAGAACUGAUAGAACCAAAGGGAGGAGGUGGAGGUGCUGGAGAAGGAUUUGAUGUAGCAAAAACUGGAGAUGCCAGGAUAGGAUUUGUGGGUUUCCCAUCUGUUGGCAAGUCCACUUUAUUGACUAAUCUGGCUGGAGUUUAUUCUGAGGUGGCUGCUUAUGAAUUCACCACUCUUACUACUGUGCCUGGGGUCAUCAGGUAUAAAGGUGCUAAGAUCCAGCUUUUAGAUCUCCCAGGUAUUAUUGAGGGUGCUAAGGAUGGUAAAGGAAGAGGAAAGCAAGUAAUUGCAGUUGCAAGAACUUGCGGUUUAAUUUUUAUUGUUCUUGAUGUCCUCAAGCCACUACAACAUAAAAGACUGAUAGAACAUGAACUAGAAGGUUUUGGGAUAAGACUUAACAAAACUCCUCCAAAUAUUGUGUUUAGGAAAAAGGAAAAAGGUGGAAUAAAUUUACAGCAAAUGGUUCCCCAGUCUGAGUUAGACGCGGAUGUUGUGAAGACGAUUCUGGCAGAGUAUAAAAUACACAAUGCAGAUAUAACAUUGAGGUACGAUGCCACGCCAGAAGACUUGAUAGAUGUUGUGGAAGGCAACAGGGUUUACAUACCUUGCAUUUAUGUCCUCAACAAGAUAGACCAGAUUUCCAUAGAGGAGCUUGAUAUAAUCCAUAAAGUCCCCCAUACUGUGCCUAUAUCAGCUCACCACAAGUGGAAUUUUGAUGACCUUCUGGAAAAAAUGUGGGAAUACCUCAAUUUAGUUAGGAUUUACACCAAACCGAAAGGUCAGCUUCCAGAUUACAGGUCUCCUGUCGUCCUAAGGUCUGGCAACACCUCUAUAGAAGAUUUCUGUAAUAAAUUACACAGGACUAUCAUCAAAGAAUUUAAAUAUGCCAUAGUGUGGGGCACCUCGGUAAAAUACCAGCCUCAAAAAGUAGGCAAAGAUCACAUUUUGCAAGAUGAGGAUGUGGUACAAAUUGUUAAAAAGGUAUGAUCCUGACGGACAUUUAAACAGAAUAUGGCUUUUCUUCUGAAGACUUUAGAUCCCCAAAACCUCAAGCUAUUGGGUGUACGUUUGGACAUGGAGAUGACAUUGUUUACUACUGUUCAAGAGUCAACAGUGGAAACGAACAUAAGUAAUCAGAUCUGUUUCUAAGAAAAAAGCCUCCAUGUAAAACAAAGAGUCAAAAGUACUAUGGCUUUUUAAAACAUUUUUUGCUACAAAAACGAAAGAAAAAAUAAAUUCUGCUUGGUUUUGAAGCAACAGCAUUACGUAUCAUUAUUUUUGAAAAUGUAUGAUGUAAUGCAAUCGGACACACUAUGGUAUCUCACAGACUGCUGGCAGUUAUAACAUUGCGGGCAUGGAGGGAGCUGUAAGGCAAAAAUUAAGUACUUGAAGUUGACAUCAGUUGUCACGGAUCUUAGUGAAUGUAAUUAAGGGUGCAAAAUAUGCAUGUUUAACUGAACUUCAUUCGUCUCUGACACUGGUGAAAGAGCAUAAAAUA